CUGGGUUGUCCAGGGUUACCGGGCGGCAGCCGCGUGAAAGGCCCUGGGGAAGGACCGCGGAGUGCCGGGGAUCGCGGCGGGAAGAGAGGAGUGCCGGGGCCGAGGCCCCACGCGGGGGACCCGGGGAGCGAGGCUCCGCCCCGGUGCCCGGCUCCGCCCAGCGCCCCCUUCCCUCUCCCCAUUGUCCUCAGACAAAGCGGCGGCCGCCCCCCGCUCGGCCCCCGGGUCUGUCUCCGUCCCUCCCCUUCUCCUCCCUUCCCCCCUCCCGCGCCCCCCCGCGUCCCCCCACCUCCUGCCCCGGAUCUCCCUCCAUCCCUCUCUCCUCCUCUUCCUCUCUCCUCCUCUCUCCGGACGUCAGGCUCCUUCGCACCCCCUCCCCCGGGAGCCCCGCGGCAUCGUUCCCCCACCCUCCCCAAGGCGACCAUGGCCACCAUCCCAGACUGGAAGCUACAGCUGCUAGCCCGGCGCCGGCAGGAAGAGGCAGCCGUUCGCGGCCGUGAGACGGCAGAGCGGGAGCGGCUGUCGCAGAUGCCAGCCUGGAAGCGGGGCCUUCUGGAGCGCCGCCGGGCCAAGCUUGGUCUGUCUCCUGGGGAGCCUAGCCCUGCGCCUGGGACUACGGAGGCUGGACCUCCAAACCCAGACGAGUCUGCUGUCCUCCUGGAGGCCAUUGGGCCUGUGCACCAGAACCGAUUUAUCCGGCAAGAGCGCCAGCAGCAGCAGCAGCAGCAGCAGCAGCAGCAGCAGCAGCAGCAACAGCAGCGGAGUGAAGAGCUACUCACGGACAAACGGCCUGGACCUUUGGAGACCUGGGGGCGGAGACCCAGCCCCGGGGAGACACGGGAUCCCAGCCCCAAGGGAAGAGAGUCCAGGGAAGAGCGGCUCAGUCCCAGGGAGGCCAGAGAGAAGAGGCUGGGGAUAGGGGGAGCUCGAGAGUCGAGCCCCAGGCCUUUGGAGUCUCGGGACUGGAGGCAGAGCCCAGGAGAGGCUGGAGAGAGGAGCUCCAGACUGUCAGAGGUGCGGAAAUGGAGGCUGAGCCCUGGAGAAACUCCUGAGCGGAGUUUGAGACUGGCAGAGCCCCGAGAACAAAACCCCAGGAUAACAGAGGUGGUGGACAGUAAACGGAGCCCUGAAGAGUCUGACAACCAGAAGCUGGGCCUGACAGACUCUCAUAAAUGGAGGCCUGACCCCAGAGAGUCUCCGGGACAGAGUUUGGGACAACUGGAGGCAUCAGAGUGGAGGCCGAGUUCAGGAGAAGAAAGAAAAGACUGCUCAGAGGAAUGGGGGAGAAAAGACGAGAGGCCGAUUCCAAGAAUGGACCCAGAAGGGACCACAGCGUCGUCAGAGACCCCAACAAGGGAGGCUCCAGACAGUCGCUCUGCAGGACCAGAGGGAGCAGAAGAAAGGCCCAGCCCCGUGGAGGAUGGCGAGAGGGGCCUGCGGCCGCCGGAAGGAUGGAAAUGGACCCUGAACUCUGGGAAGGCCCGAGACUGGACACCCAGGGACACAGAGCCUCAGCCCCAGAAACCGGACACUCCAGAGUCUGUCGAGAAGCACGUGGGUCCUUUGGGUGCAGAGGCUGAGAAGGAGGAGGCGGGCGCUCAGAGCAGGCCUCUGGGCGCCCUGCAGGACCGCUGCUCUGCGCCCUGCCCCCUCUCCCCAGAGGACGCCGGGACUGGAGCCUCUAGACGGCAGGAAGAGGAAGCAGGGGAACUCCGGCCCCCACCUGCAGCCCCUCUGUCUCCCCCACCCCCAGCCCCACCUGCCCCCCAGUCCCUUGGGGAUCCCCUCAUGAGCCGGCUCUUCUACGGGGUGAAGGCAGGGCCAGGGGUGGGGGCCCCCCGCCGCAGCGGACACACCUUCACAGUCAACCCCCGGCGGUCUGCGCCCCCUGCAGCCCCCGCCACUCCAGCCACCCCAGCCACAGCUGACACAGCGGUCCCUGGGGCUGGGAAGAAGCGGUACCCGACUGCCGAGGAGAUCUUGGUUCUGGGGGGCUACCUCCGCCUCAACCGCAGCUGCCUUGUCAAGGGGUCCCCUGAAAGGCGCCACAAACAGCUCAAGAUCUCCUUCAGCGAGACAGCCCUGGAAACCACGUAUCAGUAUCCCUCGGAGAGUUCGGUGCUAGAAGAGCUGGGCCCGGAGCCUGAGGCCCCCAGCGCCCCCAGUCCCCCAGCGGCCCAAGCCGACGACGAAGAGGAGGAGGAGGAGCUGCUGUUGCUGCAGCCAGAGCUUCAGGGCGGGCUGCGCACCAAGGCCCUGAUAGUGGAUGAGUCUUGCCGCAGGUGACCCUCUUCCAACAUGGAGAUAUACCUCCCUCCUUCCUGGAACUGAAGAUUCUGGAGUCCAGAAGGUUCAGAGCAGACAGACAGAGACCCUCAACAUGAGCCUGGCAGGGAAGGGCAACCAGCAUCUUUCACCUCACUUUCCUCUUCCUGUUUCUGGGGGCAGAGGCAACCGCUCAGUUUCCACCCUCCUCAGACACGCUGGUGCCUCCUAGAUGAUCCUAGACCCCCAUCCAGUCCUGGGGAGGAGCACAGAGCUCACAGGGCGGGGGUAGAGAUGGAGCACCCUUGCCAUCUCCACGGGCAGGGUACGCUCUCCUUGACUCCUUCCUGCCCCCUGGAGGCUCCCCCAUCUCCCAGGGAGACCCAGCCCCCACUGCAUUUCCAGCACCUCUCCCUCCUGUUCCUUAGGUCCCUGCCCCUUUGUUUACAGCUCCUGCUGCUUCUCUUGACUACAGCCUGGUUUACAGCCCCCCACCCCCACCAUCCCCAGCCCCACCUGCCAAAGUCCUGGGUUUACAAGCCACUCCUACUUGCGUGUCCAUGUAGAAUCCUCUUCCCUGUCCCCUGAAGUCCCCGCACUGGGGGGACCCGGGGUAUGGCUUCCUCCACUUUUGCUCAGUAUUCCCGUGUCUCACUUUCCCCGAAGAGGGAAGGCUGGGAAUCUUGACUCUGUAUCCCCCUCUAGUUAUUUAAUUCUGUUCCUCCUGGUGGUUCACAAUUGAAUUGAAUUGCGAGGAGGGUAUGAGGUGAGUCAUGAGGGACCUCAACUCUCUUCCCCCCGUGUCUCCUUCCUUCUCAAUUGCCUGGGUUUUUGUUUUUUGUUUUUAUUUUCUGUAAUAAAAUGGAGCUCUCUCCG